GUGACCAAGUGGAUCACUUGGGCAGGAGUUUUGUGGUUGGUCGGGGUUUCGCGAGGAGCGGCGAUGGCGUCCUUACUGCAGCCCGAGCGGGUGAACUAUCUUGUCUCCGGCGAAAAAAAGAUCCGUUCCCCACUUUCUAGUUUAUAUUUCUGCCGUUAUUGCAGUGAACUGCGAUCUUUGGAAUGUGUGUCUCACGAAGUAGAUUCCCACUAUUGUCCCAGCUGCUUGGAGAACAUGCCUUCAGCAGAGGCAAAACUAAAAAAGAACAGGUGUGCCAACUGCUUUGACUGUCCCUGCUGCAUGCACACCUUGUCCACACGUGCCACCAAUAUCCCAGCCCCUUUGCCUGACGAUCCGGCCAAGACCACCAUGAAGAAGGCCUACUAUCUGGCUUGUGGCUUCUGCCGUUGGACCUCCAGAGAUGUUGGCAUGGCCGACAAGUCUGUGGCCAGCGGUGGCUGGCAGGAGCCUGAAAAUCCUCAUGCUCAGCGGAUCUACAAGCUCAUUGAAUAUUACCAGCAACUGGCCCAACGGGAGAAACUGGAGAGGGACAGGAAGAAGUUUGCCAGGCGACGGCCCUACAUGCCUUUGGCAUUUUCGCAACACACUAUUCAUGUGGUGGAGAAGUAUGGUUUGGGCACCAGGCUGCAGAGGCAGAGGUCCGGAGCACCCAUCACUAGCUUGGCUGGCCUUUCGCUCAAAGAGGGUGAGGACCAGAAAGAGAUUAAGAUAGAGCCAGCCCAGGCGCUAGAUGAGGUAGAACCUCUUCCUGAAGACUGCUACACGGGGCCUGUCAACCUGCCGGAAGUGACCACGCUGCGGCAGAGGCUGCUGCAGCCGGACUUCCAGCCAGCUGGAGCCUCGCAGAUGUACCCCAAACACAAGCACCUUCUGAUCAAACGCUCUCUUCGUUGCCGGAAAUGUGAGCACAAUUUGAGUAAGCCAGAAUUUAAUCCAACCUCGAUUAAAUUUAAAAUCCAGCUGGUCGCAGUUAACUACAUCCCUGAUGUCAGAAUAAUGUCUAUUCCAAACCUGAGAUGCAUGAAGGAAAGUCAGGUGCUGCUGACUUUGACCAACCCGGUGGAGAAUGUCACUCAUGUCACCCUGCUUAACUGUGAGGAUGGGGACCCAGAUGACAUCAACAGCACUGCCAAGGUUGUAGUUCCGUCCAAGGAGCUGGUCCUGGCCGGGAAGGAUGCGGCGGCGGAGUACGACGAGCUAGCUGAGCCGCAGGACUUCCAGGACGACCCGGAUGUCGUGGCCUUCAGGAAGUCCAACAAAAUCGGCUUCUUCAUCAAGGUAACGCCACAGCGCGAUGACCGCGAUGUCACGGUGUCCUUCAAGAUCCGCCACGACUUCCGCAACCUGUCGGCCCCCAUCAGGCCCAGCGAGGAGGGCGAGCCGCCCAGCGAAGCCGUCUGGCUGAUACACCACGUGGAGCUGAGCCUGGGACCUCUAGCUCCCUGAGGGGCCAUGCAGGACCAGGCACAUUGCGUCUUGCCAUGAUUUGGCGAUGGAGCAUCACAUGACACACAGUUACACCACAUCACACACUGUUAGAAUAUCAUACCACCAAGUAACCAUUAGUGUCCACAUCCUGGAACUCGCAAAAACAGAAUGUUAGUCAGCAAAAGGAACAAGAAACAAACUUUUACUGUUUUAUUAUUUACUCUAUUGGUUUGCAGGUUAAUGUACUGUGACAUGGUUAAGCUUGCUGUCUUAUCUAGAGGUUAAUUGGAAAUAUAAAGACUAUUCUGGUCUUGAAAUGGCUAUUAGACCAAUAUAACAAAUUAAACACCAAGCUAAAAUUUUGAAUGCAUUACUGAUAUUUGAUUUUAAAAGAAUACUUGACAUUUAGUUCAGACAUACUCAUUUUCAUGGCUGGUCUGGGAUGGAAGAGAAAUUGCACUGCCCUUACUGGACAACAGAUGGUGGUGUUACAGUAAGCAGUGAGUAUUUCACUGCCGCAGCAAUCUUCGGAGAGGUUGCAGAUUUAUUUUUCUGCAAAAUAAAAUGACUGAAUCCCAGAAAAGCAUGAAAUUCACUUAACGCAAUCUGUGAAGUGAGUCUGGUUUAUAUCUAAUCGUCAUUCUUAAGUUCAAUCAGCAGUGGGCUCACAAAUAGCGAAUGAUGCCUAAAGCCAGCAGAAACCUCAGCAUUAUAUAGACAGUUCAGAUACUUAUCUCAGCCUGAUUAUGAACAAUAGAAUUAUGUAAAUUAAGUUCCGUAACUAAGGUUUGUUUAAAAAAAACAUUUAUGACAGUGCAAGAAAAUUACGGGAAAAUCUGUGGGUAGUAUACAAUACAGUGGUGUUACUGGGUGGUAUAUUUAGAACAUUUGCAGCCCGUUUGAAAAUGGCGUUUCAGAUUUAAGUCCCCACCAUGUCUUCAGAUCCUGUUUUUUAAAAGGCUUGUGUUGAGCAUUUCUCCCGGAAUGACGACUGACGCUGCGUCACCUUCGCUUUGCAGCACCAUAAAUACAAAUUUCCACUCUGCUUUUCUCUCUCUCUCUCUCUCUCUCUCUCCCCCUGUUAGUGGUCUGUGUUUACAUAAAAAUCCCUACUUUGCAAGUUCGCUGAUGUAAGCUAUUGACAUUGGACGUUUUAACAGUUUUGCCAUCUUUUCAUGCCUUGUUUGGGAUGUGGUGGUAGAUGUGUAUGCACUUGGUGACACAUCUCAGGUGACACAGUUCUGGUGUAGGUCAGGGUCACCUGCUGACGCUGUUUCCCCAUCACCUCUUUGGCACAAUGUUUGGAGCACACGGGCUCGACUACAAAAUGACGCACGGGUACACUCACACGUGCAGUGCUAAGAUUGUGACCAAACAAGUUGUUGUAGUGUAAAAAUGUAUUAACCUGACUGUAAGUAUCUGAAUUUGUUUUGUGCCCUGCUCUUAAAGCUCGUGUGAUAUUUGAAUACUCUUUCCAGCUGUGCUUUCCUUCCCCUUGACAGACCACUUUCAGUCUGUGCAUGGAGAUCCUAAAGUGGCAAAUGAGGUCCUAUCGUUGGACGUCUUUGCAUGUCCGCGAAUCAGUCCCCGCCCCCUCUGUCAGCUCUGCGACUUUUGGUGUAUUUAUUGUACGCUUCGGAGUUCCUGCCUGGUACCUUGUCUAUCUUUCAAAUAGGUAGUGUUUACCUUUACGCUGCACCACGUGGCAUCUUAUAAUGUGUAAAUAUAAAGGUUGAAGGUUGUUUGAAGAAUCAGAAUGCCUUGUUGCUUUGGCAGUUCGUCGGGAAUAAUUUCCAGUUCCCCUUUUUGUUUCUUUAAUUUAUUUCCAAGUGUUAUUGUAAUCGCUGCUAGAUUAAGAGGACUUUCUCGCAGUAUGAUAUCCACUAAUCUCUAUGCUUCACCUAAAGUUGCCAGUGGUCUUUGUAGGUCUUUCCUGUAGUUCUACAGUGAUUAUAAUUUAAGAACAUGAUAUCAAUAAAUAUAUGGGAGCAAAAA